CACCAGCACCCCGCCAACCCACCCGACCGCAGACACAAUGGCCUUCCCUCCCACCGCAUCCUCCAACGCUUUGCUAAGCGAACACUUUGGCUACACGCCGCUCACGCUUGUCGACGAUGUCAUCAACAGUGUCAACGAGCUCGUCUUCGGCGCGGUGAUGUCCGUCGAAAACGCCCUGUUCAAGAUGAAGCCUGAAAGUCUGGGCUUCAAGACGGCCCCGGGAAUGAUCCGUGAUGUGGACGAUAACGGGAAGCUCAUGCUUACGGAAGAGGAGAUGGGGGAACUCCAAAAUGGACUGCAUCAGCUAGAGACCCUGUGGACGGAUGCUGUGGAUAAAGCGUUCGAUAAGUGGGAGAUCUACGCUAUGAGGAACAUCAUGGUCGUGGAUCCGGAUCUGGUUCCGUGGGUGCAAUUGGCGCAUCACAAGGGAAUCGACUUCACCGUGCAACCUUCACCCGAGAACGCCGAAGACAAAGACAAAGCCAAGGUUCCUGAACCCACCGCAAUGGACAUUGACACGGACACGGACGUCCCCUCCGCAACCGACGCCCACCCAGUUCCGCGCGAGCGCCUCCAACUCCGUCAACUCCGACAGAGCAACCUGGCCUCGUACGCUUUCAACCUCAAGCUGCACGCCGAAAAAGCUGAGAACGAGCGGCUUAUCGCGCAGUUGCGCACUCUCGUCGCAUCUACGAACCCCUCGUACACCGGCGAGCCAACGCCAUUCUCCCUAAUCGCCGGUGCACAGGGGACGAAAGAUGCGGCGACGUUUGUGGCGUCGCAGUUCAGCGGGAUUAAGAGUCUUGUUGCGGAUGUGACUCCGAAGUGGGAUGAGAUGCAGCGGGGGUUGCAGAAGGAGCCAGACGUGGCUCUGGGUCCUGAGGCUGAGAGGAGGAAGUAUAUCGAGGUUAUGACUAGGAAACAUUUGGAGGUUAUCCCCGGGUUGAGGUUGAAUGCGCAGGGUGAGGUCGUCGGCGGGGAUUAUAAUUACAACGAUAGGAAGGAUUCCGAGGAGGUACAGAGACUCGAGGAGAUUGCGGGGAAAGUCACGAAAGGCGGGCGGUGAUUGCAGGAAUUUGCUUUCGUUUGGGCGGCGUCUUUGGCGUUUUUUACUCGAUUGGUUAUAUAUCAUAAUGCCACAAUUGUUAUUCUAC